UAACGAACUGAAACUGAUGCAGAAGUAAUGUUGUACUUGGCAUGUCUUGUUGUUAUGACAACGGCUGUAAAAUGGCGGCCACAGUAGGACCAAACACUAUGACGCAUGUGCCUUUGCUGAUGUCAAACCAACCAGAGCCGAAAAGCAAGCAGCUUCUUAGGCGACCUAGACCAAAGCCAAAACCAGUAGAAGUAGUGGAAGAUACGCCGAGAUCAGAACGAUCAAGUCUUCACAUAGAGGAAGAAUAUGCCAGAUUGUCCCCAGUGCCAAGCGUAGUGCCAAGUCUCGCCUCCCCAGCACCUUCAGAAUACUACCCCUCUUCUGGAAAAAGUGGGUCAAGGUCAAAGACAAAAUCUAGGUCAAGGUCAUCAAGACUUUUAGCUAGUUCGUAUAGAACGCACCCACAGACACCACAUUUUGUAAGUCAGGAUAGGCGAUAUAUCCUUGACAGUCGUGAGGCAUCGACGGCCCAACAUUCCAUAGUUCAGGGGCGGUCGCUGGUAAAGCCCUAUAAGCCUAGAGGGCCUGACGCUCUGCCAGCUAGGGCACCAAAAAGGCACCCAGCCUUACAAUAUGACUCUAAUUUAUUUGUGGACUUCAGUAACGAUGAAAGAUACACGCAGCCACCGGAGUUUACUUUGCAACAUUUCCUUAUUCACAUGUCGGAGGUGGAGAAAAUUCCGAUGGAUGAAGUGAAAGAGACAAUGUAUUCCAGACAUAAUUAUAAGAGGCUGACUAAACUGCUCAUGGAGAAGCUGAAUCCGAGACAAACCCAGAUUAACACUGUGAGAGUAGAACCUCCAGAAUCAGACUUACCAGAACCAACCCCGCGAGUCCCCCAAAGACAGCUCCUCCUGGAAAUGGCGUCUAUAAUCAAAGAACAGAUGAAAUCCCUGCUGAAUACUAAUGUGAAAACGGUGAUAAAACCACUGAAGAAAUACACCCCUGGCACUGGUGUGGAGGGUAAUGGACCACACACAGAGAUAUUGCUGUAUGAAGAUGAUUCUGAAGUCAGGAAGAGCAGAGAAAGGGAGCUUAAACUAGACACAGAGCUGCCAGCGAGAGAUGCCAUCUUCCACGCAGGAGUUACCAGAUACUUCCAGGGAACAGGGAGGAGUAGAUCUCCAUUUUCUCAGUUUGAUGAAGGUUUUAUAACCCCCUCUGAGUUAGCCAUAUUAGACUGCCUGAUGAAUGGUGGGACAUCUCUCAGUCUAAAGGCUCACUUCAUUUCCCAGCUUCCAGACCUUGGACCCCUGCUGACUACUGUCACUUACCUCAAUCUGUCUUUUAAUGACCUAAGGGUGUUCCCAGUCGAGAUUUUUGAUCUGAAGCAACUGGAGACCCUGAAACUUCGAAACAACCCAAUCACAGAAAUCCCUCUGUUCAGCCUGUCUGGCCUCUACCAUCUGGACAUAUCCUACAACAGACUCAGCUUUGUACCCAAUGAGAUCAGGAGGUUAAAAAAUUUGCGGGAGUUGAUGGUGGAGGGCAACCAGUUGGCAGCUAUGCCCAGUGGCGCCCUCAAGCUGAAAAACCUGAAACAUCUCACAGUGCGGAAUAACUUCAUGCAUCCGCUGUUUUGGAAGGAAAACACCAGGAACCAGCCUCAGAGAUUGACCGACCUUGCCUGCCUGGCGUUCAUGAAUGCGGGGCUCCACCGUCGUGCCUACCACCUCACGGAGACCGUGGCGCGACUUCUUCAGCCCACGGGCCAGUGUGACUGCUGUAACGGGCCCCUUUACGGCCCGGGUCUCCGACUCAUCCGUCCAGCGAGCAAGAUCUUCGGGAUUAAGAACUUGCCGUUUUUGUUCGUGUCUUGUUCGCCAUAUUGCGCCAACAUGUUCUUGAAGAGCACGGAUUCGAUUAGUGAAUUGAUUUACGGUAGUGAUCAGGAACAAGAGGAAUCCUGAAUCCGGCAUGAUUUGAAAAAAGGGAAAAGUAAAUGUAAAAAUCUCGACAAAAUCAAGACAGAUUUCUAAACGAAUGCAACUAAAAAUCAGAUUGACGCUGCUGAGACGCAUCUUGUCGGUGAAAAUAUAAGCUAAAGACUUUCAAUUUUUUAACCUGCUGGCGGGUUCGUCUAUUUCGUGAUGCAUAAUGUGAAUGUCAUUUUAUUAA